AUGAGGUUUCCAACACCUCGUUGGCCUCGGCUACGCGUUCCACCGGCCGACUCCAGCUUCGUACACGGGAAUGUGCGCUGGACGAACAAAGAUCUCGAUCCUGUUCCGCCAGGCAUGCGGAAAUGGACGGUUCUCAGCUUCAUCGGGUAUUGGAUUUCCGACGCCUUCUCGGUUGCUAACUGGCAGCUGGCGAGCAGCAUCAUCGCCGUCGGGCUAUCCUGGAAAGAGUCUCUGGGCAUGGUUGCUCUAGGGUUUUUCAUCCUCUCCAUUGUCAUAGCUAUGAACGGAGCUAUUGGCACUAUAUAUCAUGUUCCUUUCCCGGUUAUUGCUCGUGCUAGUUGGGGUUUCUGGGGCUCUUAUGUUCCUAUCAUCUCGAGGUUGGUUCUCGCGGUCUUCUGGUUUGCAACCCAGGUUGUGAACGGAGGCAACUCUGUUGCUGUCAUGCUUGGAGCAAUAUGGCCGAGCUUUUUACAUAUUCCAAAUACCCUGCCAGCGGGAGAGGGAAUUACGACGCAGGGCAUGGUGGGAUUUCUACUCUUUUGGCUGCUUCAGAUACCCUUUCUUAUGGUCCAUCCGAAUAGACUGCGCUAUCUGUUUUUAGCCAAGUCGAUUAUCGUGCCAGCGGCAUGGAUUGCCAUGCUCAUAUGGGCUUUUAUCGCGGUUCCAAACGGAGGCGGCCUGUUUUCCCAAAAGAGUCAAUUGACGGGGCCAUCAUAUAGCUGGGCAAUGAUGUCGUCUCUGACAUCCGUCAUUGGGAACUAUGCAACCGUCAGUGUCAACCAAGCUGACUUCUCACGGUAUUCUCGCGUUAGUCCGCGCUGGCACAUGCUCUAUGUCGUCCUACUCCCAGCAUUCUUCACCUUCAUAGCCUUCAUGGGCAUCGCCGUCUCCUCUGCAGGACAGGCCAGGUAUCACACUGACUCAAUUCCGUGGGACCCGAAUGUGCUUCUCGCGUUCUGGAGCAGUCGAGCAUGCCGGUUUUUUGGGGCGUUUUCAUUUGCCCUCGCCGCCCUGGGGUCCAAUAUCUCUGCCAAUUCGCUCUCCGCAGCGAACGACUUCACUGCGCUCGCACCCCAAUUCAUGAACAUCCGCCGCGGCCAACUGCUUUGUGCUCUACUGGCCUGGGCCCUAGUGCCUUGGAAAAUCCUGGAGUCUGCGGGCAACUUCCUCAACUUCAUGUCAGCCUAUGCCGUUUUCCUCGGGCCGAUAGCCGCCAUCAUGCUGUGCGACUAUUGGAUCAUCAAGCGCCGCAAAUACGACUGUGUGGCUUUGUAUCAGCCCAUGAGCAUUUAUCGGUACACCGGCGGAUUCAACUGCCAUGCGCUGGUGUCCUUUGUAGUCGGCGCCGUUCCCAGUCUGCCGGGCUUGAUGCAGUCGGUCAAUUCACAUAUAAGAAUCGGGGUUGGGGUUCAUCCGUAUCAAUUUGGCUGGCUUUUAGGGUUCUUCGGCACCUCGAUCGUUUAUGUUGCUCUCAAUUACUGCCUCCCUUACGCUGAUUCAAAGAUCGUGACUGCUGUGCUUCCGGAUGACGGUCUAGAUGCCGCCAGUGUACUUGAUGAGAGCAGUGUGGCGCUCGAGGCCACGUAUGUCACGAAGAACCAAGAAAAGGGGUUGACCAAAAGUCUAGUGAAUCGUAGCAUCUUCCGUCGGACGGAGGACAACAUUCGUUAA